UCCACCACACAGAGUGAAAUCAAUAUCUAUGGCCAGUUUUACCCCAGAGGAAAUUGAUUUCAUUAAAUGUCAUGGAAAUGAAUUUUGUAGAAAAGUUUGGCUUGGGUUAUAUGACAGCCAAAAAGACCAAGCUGAACCCGACUCCAGAGAUGAACAGAAAAUCAAAGAUUUCAUGGCUCAGAAGUACGAGAGGAAGCGGUGGUACCAGGCGCCGACGGAAGCCAUGAAGGAGGAGGCCAGACAAGUGAACGAGUCAGCCACAAACAGAAACGUACCCACACGACCACUGAAGACAAUACUAGGAGACAAAACUCCCAAACUCGUGGUCCAAAAUCAGUCCCCCCAGACAACACCAAAGAAUCAUGCAGCCCAGCAGCCCCCUCCUGUGUCCCAGCCCCCCGUAUCCCUGAGUUCCUCCCCCCCAGGACAACAGAAUCAGUCCUCAGGAUCCACCACUAUGGACCUGUUAGGGGAUUUAGGAGGAGACCCUUUUGCAUCAUCGGCACCCCCAGCCCCACAAGUAGCCACAGGUGGUGGAGGUGAAGGGGGUUUUGCUGAUUUUAGCCAGUUUUCUGCACAACCUGCUUCUCAACCCUUCCCAGCAUUCCAGAGUUCCAGCAAUACAAACACACUAUUUCCAAUGUCCAACACACCAAUCAGUGCUGCCCCAGCAGUGAAUGGGGGAUUCCCCAGUUUUUCCCCUGCCCAGGCCCCUCCAUCAGCGCCUUCUGGCGGUGAAUCCUCAGCGUCAGGGGGAAACAAAUACUCAGAUCUAGGAGACCUGUUCAGCACCCCUGCCACAACAGAGUCCAACACAACAGCCCUAAGCUGGGGUGGAUCUACCUCCAGUUCAGGCAUCUCCUGGGGUGGGGGAGGAGGAAGCAGCAGUUCAGGGGGGAUAGACUGGAACAGCGGAGGGGGUGGUGGAACGGGUAUGAACUGGAGCAGUGGGGGGUUGAGCAGCACCAUGGGAACCACCAUGAACUGGAACGCUUCUUCAGGCAGUACUAGUUCUAUGGCACCAUCUCAUUCAGCCUUCUGUAUCCCCCCCAGUGCUUACUCGUAUAGCCAGCUGGGUAGAGGUGGAAACCCGUUCUUCUCAGACUCUGGGGGAGCCAAUCCAUUUGGAGAAACAACAGCUGCCACCCAGUCUAAUGUUAGCAAUCCAUUCGGGGGAAGUGCAGGUGGAGGUCAGCCAUCUUUGUUUGGCAACCAGCCUAAUGCAGGAUUUGGGCAACACUCAGGGGGGUUCGGGAAUCAACCAACCAGUGUAGCGGGAUUUGGGCAACAAUCAGGGGGGUUCGGGAAUCAACCGACCAGUGUAGCAGGAUUUGGGUCGCACACCUCCACGGCGGGAGGAUAUGGAACACCCACAUCAGCUGCUGGAGGAUUUGGUGCCCCCCAAACGUCAGUGGCUAGAGGGUUUGGACCCCCUGCUUCAAACCCUGGUACUUUUAACAUGGGAGGGUUUGGACAGACCUCAACAGCUGGAGGAUUUGGAAGCACUCCUACGACAGGUGGGUUCGGACAAAACCCACCAGCUGGUAAUUUUGGACCACCUGGGGGAGGUUUUGGAGGUGCGGGAAUGUCAAAUCAGUUUCAUAAUCAGAAUGGAGUCUUCAGUUCAAUGGGACCAUCAAGUACAAGUGGUGGAUUUGGGACUGUUUCACAUGCCCAGACAAUGCCAAAUCAGUUUGGACAUUCAAUGCCAGGACAAUUUGAUAAUAAAAUGGGAGGUGCCCAUGGGUUUCCAUCAGGAUGGGGAGGCCAGCCUGCAGCCACAAGUGCUCAGCCAGUCAAUCCAUUUUUGUCAACAGCCUCUCAGUCAAUGGCCCCAAAGAGUGGUUCAACAAAUCCCUUCUUGUGAUGGACUGGAACAGUUUGUUUUAGCUUUUUAUGAAUUUAAUUUUGAGUGUACACUUCUUGAAAGGUCUUUUCAACCAAAGGUGAUUUUUCAGUUGAACAAAGAUGACAGUGGUGCCAUGUGUUGUUGAAUGCUAUCAGUGUGGGCUUGCAUGAGAUUAUAAGGAGUUUGGAAGAUUAUAUUUCUCUCAUGAAACUGAAGUCAUUUUCAUGUGCGUGUAUACUGAUGUUAUUAAAUUUUACUAAGCUUUUGUUAAAUCAAAGGUAUAUUAUUUGAUGCAGAACAGUUAGCAAAGAAGAGUAUGUUGUGAUAUGGAGAGUAGCUUUGCCAGAUGUAAUAUCCUUCAUCUUUUUUUUUUCCUUUUUGGUUUGACAAUCUCUUAAAUUCUUAAUCAUUGAGAGUACAGUUAAGGUCCAAAAUGUGUCAACAAAGCCAAAUUUGACUAUGAUUGCGGAAUUUGUCAGCUCAAAAUUUUGCAUUAUUUGUAAAUUUUCCAGUUUUUAGUGAAUAGAUCAUUGGAAAGAAUUAAUGAAGUUGAAGAUAAAAGAUUUUCCAUAGCCAAAAAUGCAAUUUUAUUUAUUUUUUUUUGGCCAAAGUGAUCUAAUAAGAUAAAGUGCCAUUCAGUAGUUGUUGGUCAAGAGCUAAAUUUAGCAAAUUAAGCAACCAUUUUCAGAUUUAGCAACAUUAAAGUAUAAGGACCUUUCCUGCACUGUAGUUAUUAUAACUACCUUUAAUAUACAAUCAUUAAUUUGGAAUAACAUGUCUAAAGAAGUAGAGGAAGCUUAGAAUUGUGUAAAAGUGAAUUAAAUUCAACAUUUUCCCUAGAAUUUUAUCACAAAUAUUUAGAGUAUUUGUAUUUGAAUUACAUGUUUGAAAAUCCGAUUUUUAUGUCAGUUGUUUAAGGUUUCAGUAAGAGUGUGUUAAUUUAUGGUUAGUGAAAUGUUUUGCUUUUAUAAAGUGCAGUUGUGUUAAAAUGUUGAAAAUUUUAUGUAUUGAAAUUUCUUCGUAGAAGUAUUCAUAUUCUUACUAUAAACCAUGUACUUUUUAAUAAGUUAAUUUUCUUAUCUUUUUGGCAUUGAUUAUUACUGUAAUAAGGGAUAUAUCAUCUUGAAAAUUAUACAUGUAAACAAAACUUAACAUUAAGAUGAGGAUUGUGUAUGAAAGAAGUAAUUUUACACAUUGACUUUUUUUUAAAGAAAUGAAUCUAUGUAAAUUAUUUCAAACCAAGUUUGAUGUCAUAGAUCAACAAAUGUACAUACAUGUAUAUAUAUAUUACCAUAUUUUCAUCAUACCCCGAUUGUAAGAAUGUAUCCAAGGGCAUUAAAUUGCAAAAAAAUUAUAAUUUAAGUACAUUGUAACAACAAAAUUAAGUAGUUACAUAAAUUUAAAGUUUGUUUCAAUAAUAUGUUUUGUAAUUUCUGUCUAAAAGAUUUUUAAACUCAAAAAAUAUGUGUUAGUAAGUUCAUAGAUUAUGUCUUCCAUAACAAUGCUAAGUUUAAAAUUUAUAGAAGGUUUGAAAUUUGUUGUGACAAUUAAAUUAAAAAGAAAUGUUUAAACUCUUAGUAUUAAAAAAAACAAUACAGACAUGUCAAUUUAAACGAAAUCAUACAAUUCUCUCUAGGAUUUCGAAAAGUUUGAAUAUGAAUAGGAAUAUCUCUGCAACAGAGUUUAUUCUAUUGUGAAGAGGCUGUAAAUCCAAUGAUGUACAACUAUGACCUUGCUAGUGUCUUAAGGAAAAUGUGACUUUUAAGUUAUAUUUGUUAUUAAUUAAAUGCUUCAUUUCAGAAUAUGCCUUGUUGAUAUUUGUAUGAUUAUUAUUUCCACUGUAUGAAAUAUUAAGGUUUUGAAAAGUCUGUGCAAAAACUCGUAAUACAUUAUUUGCUUAUUAUGCAGAAUGGUAAAAUGCUAUUGUUCAAUAUCUUGUCUAGAAACAGGGUACUGAUUUUUAUCUAAAUAUCUAGGCUGGGUGUGUUUAUCUAAUUGCUUUUUAUCUCAAUUGUCAAAGACGCAGCGUACAGCCUGUUUUGGUGUAGGCCAUUGCUUUACGGGCAUAUAUGGCUAAAUAAUUUUGUUUGUUACUAUAGUUUCAGUAUUUAUACACUGUAGAUAUAUUUAAAUUGCAAUAAUUGGCAGAAAUAUUAAUGAGCAGAUGUAUAAUGAGUCAUUCUUAAUUUUGUUGUAAAAUAACAAAUAUAAAAUCAGAUUUUA